AUGGCAGACUCAGCGUCCAUCAAGCAUACUACUCUUCGGAAUGGCACGCCCAAGGAGGUUGCCGAAUACCUCAAAGAGCUUCGAGCCAACGUCACCGAUCCGACAUCCAUCACAUUCAACCUCCAUGAUGCGGUCGUGCGAGGCUCCAUCCCGCACAGCAUCUUCUCAAUCUGGAUCCCCAUAUCCGACGAUGCGAAGUCGAUCAUAGCAUCGCUCAGUCAGUCGGGGAGCACGCACGAAAGACGUGCGGCCAUCCGGGCAUUCCUCAAGGCCAUGCGAUCAGAGGAAACGAUGACUCCCGUAUGGAAUGCCGCAGGUGGUGCUCAAGGGGUUGCAGCAAUCAUGAGUGAUCUCAGCGUCAAGGAGGUCAAGAUGCUAUGCAACGGCCUCGCCGGUACAGCUUCCCUCCCACGCGGACGAUCGCAGAGACACGCAAAAUUGACAGAAUUGGUUGCAAUCCUCGGAACCGGAAUGCCGAUUCCCAAGGAAAAUCCAGAUGCAAGGCCGCUAUUAUCUCAUUACAGGAGAAUCCUGCCGGCCUGCACGAUCGAUCGAGUAGCCGAGCAUGAAGGGACAUCGCCCAAAUGGACAGCAAGACAACGUUCUAACUUACUUCGCAACCACCCAACAUUCUACGAAGCCAAGUUCCUGGACUCCGUCUUUUCGAACAAAGAAUCUCCUACUGCGAAAUUCGAUGCCGACACGUGGACACAGCUCAUCAAUAACAACUUUAGCUUCGCCAAGGAGGUGCUCCUCAAAUUUCUCGACGCCGGCGAUGAGCUGCCCGUCACGCCAGACGUGCUCAUCAAUAAGAUUGCUUUGCCCCUAGCAAGACGCUUGCGACGACGUAAAAUAGCCACUCAGCAGCAUCCCCCGUUCGAGAUCCUUGAGCUUCUCGUCCGGCUCAUCAGCCGGCAUUCCGAUCUCCAAAGGAUGCUAGAUGAUAGCCUUGUUGGUAUCAUGUUCCAUGUCAUCAAGUUCUGGGAGCAUACCCGUUCGACGCGGCCGCAGGUUGAGCAGUCUUUGAUCGAGCUUCUGAGACUUACGCCCGAGACAGGGUGGCAAUCGGCAAAACAGAUCGUUCCGCAUCUAUAUGGAGUCAAUCCGGCCGUAUCCUACCGAUUAUUUCGACUUAUGCUCCGACAUCUACCUGCCUUCGAAUUCGACAUCGACGACGCUAUGGUCAACGAAAACAGCUCGCUCGAGAAGAUCAAGGGACCAUGGCCAGCAAGAUUAUUCGCCAAAACGUUCGGAUGUGAUGAUCGGCUUGCGUCCCUCCGCUUAUUCCAGCGCUUGAUGACUGCUUUCCCUGACGGACGUUUCCUAAAGUCUUCGUGGGAGCCUACGGAGAGUUCAGUCUUUGAACAUGAUCAAGAUUUUUCCUCUGUCAACGGUGACGCAUUAGUACUCGAAGCGUUUCUUUUGCGAAGUUCGCCGGCUUCAGGCCUCCCGGAUGCACUUCUUGAAAGUAAAAUAGACGCAGAUCUGAGGAGACGCAGAAGAAAGGCAUCAUCAAGCCGCGAUUGGGAAAGCAGAGCCUUCUGGGCUCGGUCAACACUCAACCUUGCCAUCGCGGCGGGCUCGUUAGAUCUCUACGCAGAGAACCUGCUUUGGGCGAGACGCUUCGACAAAGACGUGUUUACAGUGAGGGAUCUUUACUCCGAGCGGGCCAUAAAGACUGCCGAGGGUUUAGACUUACUCAGCGGAAUUGAAGUGGCUUCUCAUGCCGGCAAGCCAAAUUUCGAUGCCGCGAAGUCCAUCCAGUCUGCGAACAAGAUCAUUAUGCAGCUGCUGGAAACCGCAUCAAUGUCCCUUCGAGAACCUAGCUUCCAGGCUCACGACUGGCACGCCGUCGUUCAAUUGCCUGCAGCUGUGGUUAAAAGACGGUUGCAACUGGUCAAUAAGUUUCAAGACGCUCGAAAGCUGACCGAUGCUGAGAUCUAUGAGAUCGUUUGGCUGCCAACUUUGGACUUCUUGGUUGAAGUAGAGACUCUCGUGCUUCAUCCUAGUCAUCACGAACUCUACCCUGACGGAACAGAUGGGCUGUAUCCCGUGGGGGACUGUUUUGAAGCGCGCGAAAAGCGGUCCCACGCCUACAAAUUCGUGGACAGGCUAGCCAAGGCACGCAACGAGUUAUGGCAGAAGCACCGCCCUCAGCGUUUUCCAUCGGUCCUUACUUUGGGCGAACCCUGGCCAAAAGGGUUGCCGGUGCAGUCCCUCUUACCGGCCAGAUUCCUAGGCUUGCAGAACAUUGAUGCUAUGUCUUACGUCCUAGAGAGGAUCGAAAAGGUUAUCUUCGGAGAUCCCAAGGUCUUGCUCCAAGAGCUCCCCAAGGACAAAGAGUCUCGGGAAGCCAUAGGUAGGUUUGUGGACGAAUACAGCUUUGCCUUGAAAUCAUACGUCGACGAAAGGGACGAAAGCUCUCGGCAAGAGCGCACUCGUAAAGCCUGGCGUCAUGCAGUUGAUAGCCUCAGCGGUCCGAGAGUGACGAAGAUUGAAGCCCUACGGCUUUGGAAACAACGUUUCGAGUCCGCGGGCGUCUCAUUGCCCCCAGACAUCAAAGCAGAAUUCCCGCGGCGAACCAAGCCUUCGCUUCCCAAAGCCGAGGAUCCAGAAACGCCAACAGAAUGGAAUCCAGAUCCCAGUCACACGGAGUCUGAAGAUCUGAGCGGCAAGAAAAUUCCCGUGGCGAUCUUGGACGAGAUGAUAAGCUGUGCCGACAUUGGCUUGGGUGAUGAUUCGGCUUGGAUGACGUCUAUGUGGUCAGAUGCAGAGAAAGUUCCGCCCAUGGAUGGCCCCGAUUUCUGGAACGCAAACCAAUUCUCACGGCCUCUUCCCGGGAAAAGUGUAGAUGCAUACUUCGCAUCCCUUCUCCUCGCUCUCAACACCAUCCAUGGCUCCGACAGCUCAGUCUUGAAGCACCCAUUUCCAUCAAAGGUCGAUGUUCGAUAUCCGGCACUUUACCUGGAUCAGGACUUUCUUGAGACCGUUGACGAAGCCUUUCCACGCGGCAACGAGGCCCGGGUAGAGCACCUUCUCCAGUCUGGUCCGCCAGCACUGCUUGUACAGGUCGUGCAAUCAAUACUCCGGAACGUAGCCGCCAACGAGAAAUCAGAGUCUUCAACGCAUGCUCGCAUUCAACUGGCUAUGCAACUUAUCAAACUGCUAGCGAACAGCGACCAGCCCUCUCUGGCCUUCCCCCUCAUCAGAGACGUUGUUCUCAACAGACCAGGCGAUAGCGCCUGGCACCGACAACUUCUUACCAAACGACUCUUCAACUCCAUCCCUCCAAAAGAGACGAAGAGGCUUCUCUCCAUGAUCUCACUCGGCAUGCAGGAGAAGCUUGAGGAACAGCAUGUCAGAUACAAGAAGGCCAAGGAGGAGGGUGGUGAGCUAGCAGCCCAGUCUUCACCCGCCGUCAAAGUUACAACGGUCAAGAUGCUCGCAAAGCUUCUGAGGGAUGCGCCGUUCCUAGAUAUCACAUCGGCUGUUGAUAUCCUCUCCGGUCUUCUGACCAAAGCUCAGCAUAUUGACAUUCGGGUGGCUAUCAUUCAGACCAUGUUCGACACCCUGGAGGCUGAGACAGCUUCGCCCAAUGUGAAGAACCGGAUUCUCAUGGUCAUUGAGGACCUCGCUGUGCCACUCGCAGCAUCUCUCGAUGAGCUGCGUCCGAUGACAGAAGUUGAUUGGAAGCAAGCAGAAGCUGAUGGUGAGCUGCCCGAAGUAGUCAAGGCAAAUGAUAGAAUUGCAGCUCCUAUCAGGUUUCUGUUCUAUGAUCUGGAUACGAAGCUCCGGAACGACCCUGUUUCUCAAGCAAAGCUGGCCGGUAUCACAGAUCGAUUGAUAUUGCAGUCCGCAGAGAACAACAGACGGUGGCUGGAGCUGUUUCUCAGGAAGAACGGGUUCUCGUUGCCUCCCGGAGAGAGCCUUCCACUUUCACCAGUCGAUCCCGCCAUGCUCAAGAUCUUCCCAAGAACUCGGGUGUACUUCUCGCGACCCAUGCUUGAGAUGCUAAGCCGAUAUGCUCUCGCUAAUGUUCAACCCUCUCCCGGCAUGGCAGCCAUCACCAAGAAGAUCGAGAGCAAUCCUACCCUGGAAAAUUCGAAUGCAGGAAAACACUGGUUGCUGCUCUUUGGCAGAAAUGAGCGACAGAUGGUCCAGCAUGGCUGGACAGACUGUCUGGAGCAUAUGCAUCUACCCCACAUGAGCAAAGAAGUCGCUGACCCGAACGACCGCAUCACCGUCGACAUGCUCCAACGUUUCGCGGAAGACUUUGCACACAGGCUUAUCAGCCAUGGAAACCCUUCUUAUGUUGAAUUGCUGUUCAGAAACUUGUCUGCUCCGAUGUUGAGGGAGAAUAAUUCCGAGGCGUUGAAGAGCUGGCAAUCCACAACGCAGCCGGUGCUACGGUCGAUCAUCGCGAGAGUCAAGGAGUCACGCACUCCUUCAUGGCAGCGUGACCCGAUGCGAGAGCCCAAGGUUCUGCCAGAUAUAUUCCGCCUAAAGGUGGCGAUGUUGGCUGUCCCUCCUGGGGGUGCUGACAUGGAUUCUUUGUUUGCCAAAGAGAUUUCGGCAUUGAUUGACGAGUUGGCAAACGAACAUGCCCUGUACCACAACCACUGGGAACAUCUGAAGGACCAGCUGGGACGUGAGUUUCACAGUUGGAAGCCACGCCUUGUUUACCUCGCCAUCAUUCUGGGCGAUCUCUCAAACGUGAAUAUCGAAAGCCCCACGCUAGCAGAUUACAUGCGAGUCGAAAUGGCCAGGGAUUUCACGAAGCGGGCUGAUGAUCCCAAGGGCAGAAAUGACGCCGAUAAGUUGAAGGAGAUCCUGCGCACUUGGGAAGAGUCCCCUGUCGAAAAGUUCAGAAGUGACCUGAGGGAUAUUAUCGCAUUAAAGCCAUCAUAUAAGUGA